AUGGACUCACGGUCGCCUUCGCGCGAGCGCUACGCUCGUUCAGUCACCCCUCGAUCGCGAUACACUCGUUCGCCCUCACCCGCCCCCCGUCGUCGACGUUCGCCUAGUUAUUCGGACGCCAGCCCGGGUCGUCGCAAUGGCAGAUAUCGCAGCGAGAGCCGCAGCAGAAGCAGAACAAGGACUCGUAGUCCGAGUCGUGAUCGAGACAGUCGCGCCAGAAGCGGAAGCCCUCUGAGAGGCAGCACCAAGAUCGUCGUAGAGAAGUUGACCAAGAAUAUCAACGAGGAACAUCUCCGAGAGAUCUUUGGCCAGUAUGGCAGCAUCAGAGACCUUGACCUACCCAUGAACCGCCAAUUCAACACGAAUCGCGGCACAGCAUACAUUCUCUACGUCAACGAGGCCGAUGCCGAAGAGGCUAUUGCCCACAUGCAUGAGGCCCAGCUCGACGGCGCAAUUAUAAACGUAUCAAUUGUGCUUCCCCGACGCAAAUUCUCCCAAUCCCCGCCGACGGCCAGCCGUGGUGCCAACAUUGACCCCCGAGUACCAGCACCCGGCCCGCGAGGCGCAUUUGGAGGAGGCCCACGAGGACCCCGAGGAGGCGUUGGUAGUGGUGGUGGCGGCGGUGGAGGUGGAGGAGGUUUUGGCGGUCCAGGCUUUGGUGGAGGCCCUGCCGGUGGCCGCCCACGCUCCCCUCCCCGCUAUGGAGGUGGACGUCAAGGCCGAGGACGUGGCCGCGAGGGAAACACUUACCGCCCUGGAUCGCGGUCGCCUUCUUACUCGAGAUCUAGAUUCCCACAGCCUCGUCGUGCACGCUCACCGUCGUACGGCUCGAGAUCAAGAUCUCCUCAAAGACGCGGAGGUGGAAGAAGGGACAGUCUCGACAAUGCCCGCGACAGUCGCAGACGCAGCCCUAGCUACGACGACUAUCGAAGUCGCUCCAGAAGUCGAGGAGGACGUGACUAUCGCUGA